CCCCUCGCAAUCUCAAUGUUAGUUUAGCUGUAACACACAGAAACAAGAAGAAAAAAAAAAGCUACAGAAACCAGAGAGAGAUUCAUAUACUUUUUUGAUUUGAUCCUCGAUGUUGAUUAACAAUCUAUAAUUUUCUUCACUUUCACAAAUCGGUGCCGCAGAAACCUGAACAAUGUCUUUGAUUUCUCUGCAACUCACCCCCUCCAUUUCCCCACCAUACCCCCACCGCAAUCUCCGCCUUCACAGGCCCCUAAAUCUCCGCCUCUCGCCGUCGAAGACCCCCAGAUCCGUCGCCGUCCGAUCAAUUCAAGGAAAUGAGGAACACCCAUCUCCUCCUCCGUUGCAGAAACCCUCCGGUUUCGACAAUUUCCUUUCCACGGCGGCGAGUUUGUACCCUCUCUAUGUGACCGGUGGCGGCAUUGUUGCUUGCUUGAAACCGUCGAGUUUUUCGUGGUUUGUGCAGGGAGGGCCCGCUUCGUAUAGCUUGUCUCUGGGUUUGAUUAUGUUGGCCAUGGGGCUUACUCUGGAGCUCGAGAAUUUGUUCAAUUUGUUUAUGCAGAGGCCCCUUUCAAUAUUGUUUGGAUGUGUUGCCCAGUACACGAUUAUGCCGGCUGCCGCAGCCCUCAUCGGAAAGUUUCUCGGGCUUCCGCCCUCGCUUUCGGUCGGAUUGAUCUUGCUUGGAUGUUGCCCUGGAGGGACUGCCUCCAAUGUGGUAACCUUAAUUGCUCAAGGCGACGUUCCUUUGUCUAUUGUAAUGACAGUAUGCACAACUCUCGGAGCUGUAAUUCUCACUCCCUUCCUGACAAAAACACUAGCAGGAGCCUACGUUCCCAUCGAUGCUGCAAAGCUCUCUCUCAGUACCCUUCAGGUGGUGGUAGCUCCUAUUCUGUUUGGUUCUUACUUGCAGAAAGUAUUUCCUUCGCUAGUGAAAUUGGUGAUACCAUUUGCACCACUUGUUGCUGUAUUAACUUCGUCGCUGCUCGCUUGCAGUGUCUUUUCAGAGAAUGUCGUUCGUCUGAAAUCGUCAAUGGUUAGCGCAACGUUAGCUUCUGAUGCAUCUCCAUGGAUUGUUCUAAAAAAUAUAAUAUCCGGAGAGUUGGGUGUCGUAAUACUUUCGGUGUUUCUAUUACACUUUGCUGGUUUCUUUGUCGGCUAUAUUGCAGCCACCAUCGGCGGGUACCGGGAGCGAGAACGGAGAGCUAUAUCCAUCGAGGUUGGGAUGCAGAAUUCAUCACUGGGAGUUGUUUUGGCAACCUCACAUUUCAGUUCAACAAUGGUGGCAUUGCCCCCAGCAAUGUCAGCUGUGAUAAUGAACAUUAUGGGGAGCAGUCUUGGAUUUUUUUGGAGACUUAUUCAACCUUCUGACAAAGAAGAAACCAGUGCUGCUGCCGCUGCCGCCAAGUGAAAAUCUUGUCCUUGAUGUAUCUAUUAGUCUUGUUCCAUAAAUGAGGAAACUGUAUAUUAGUUCUUUAAAUUCAUUGCCAAUUUUACUCAUUUUUUCUUUUAAACUGUUUUUCAAUUAAGUGGAAUUGGAUAAGUAGAGUGACAUGUCUAUAAAUAAUAAUGAAAUAAUAUUUUGAUUUUUUUUUUA